CGUUGAGACUACUAUAUAAGGUGCAUGCGAUUCCACAGUAGGCUUGCACUUCUGACCACUCCAGCGAGUGAGCAAACCAACCGGUCACCAUGUACUCUAAGGUGCUCCUGUGCUGCCUUGUCGCGUACGCAGCUGCCCAGCAGGAGAACCUUGAUGGCCCACCACAGCCAUACAGCUUCAGCUACGACAACACCGACGAGUUCGGCACCCGAAUCUCUCAGCAAGAGACUGGCGACGAGAAGAACAACAAGGUCGGUUCCUACAGCUACACCGACCCGAACGGAGUGACCCGUACCGUCAAGUACACCGCCGACGCCGAUGGUUUCCACGUUGUGAUUGAGACCAACGAGCCGGGCACCAAGACCUCCAACCCCGCCGACGCGCAGUACAACGCCAACCCCAUCGAGGUCCCACAGUCAGCUGAAAUUCUGACCGCCAAGCCCAUUGAGGUCAAGGUCGCCGCCGCGAAGCCAGUUGUUGUGCAGGCCACCCCAGCCGUCCACGCCGUACAUGCUGCCCCCUUCUCUGUCCACGCCGCUCCGGUCUCCUACGCAACUGCCCACCACGUGACCCCGGUCGCCAUUUCUGCCCAACCACUGGCCAUUGCCCACGCUCCACUCACCUACACACUUUCUAAAAGCGCUUAAGUUAUUUUCAUUAAUGUAGAGCAGCAAUAUACAGGAUGCCACGAUGAAAAGCUGCGAAUUCCUGAAGCAAACGUCAAGAUAUUGGAGUCGAAGGGAAAGACAGAUAUUUGUGAAAUGAAGGCUUCGGUUAUAUUUUUUCUCUUUCUGAACGAGAUAAAAUAAAAAAUUCUCCCAUCA